CCAAACCCGGACCACCAACACCACCAAAACUUCCAAACCAAGACCUCCACAACCCACUGACACUGUCGAAACUCCCAACCCAGACCACCACAACCACCGACACCGCCGAAACACCCUAAACCCGGCCUAGACUACCGAUCGACACCGACACCAUCAACACCACCCACAAAACCCACGAAAAUCAAUGAAACCACCCAUAAACCCACCUAAAACUAGAUCACCAACCAACACCGACACCAUCAACGCCACCCACAAAACCCACUGAAACCACCAACAAGACCCACAAAAAUCACCGAAAUCACCCAUAAACCCAUCGAAAAUCAUCGAAACCACCCACAAACCCAUUGAAAAUCACCGAUCGCCCACAAAUCCACUAAAACCUUUGAACCUAGAAUACCCACAAACCCACGAAAAUCAUCUAAUCCAUGAAAUAUACCUGUGUGUUGCUUCCUUACUUCUUGCCGCAAAACCACCAUAGCCACGAUGACAUUGUUGCUAGUGCUUGCCGGAGUCGAAAUCAAUGGAGGUUUCGAUUGAGAGGAGAGAGAAAGAGCCAAAUUGGGAGUUGUUAGAUCCAGAUUAAGUUGUUAAUGUAAUGCAAUUAAUUAUUUAAGUGAAUGUUUAAUUUUUAAAAUAAGGGCAAUAUUGACCUUUCUAGCCAAAAAAACUUACUAAAAAGGGAAUGGUUUGGGAAUGUUGCAAAUAAUAGUAAGCAUUCAAAUAUAGUAAAAGUUGCAAAUAAAACUUAACGGAGGUAGGAUGUAAAAUUCACUAUAGAUGAGCAUUAGAGCAUAUUAGUAAAAAAAAUACAAAAAAAUAAAAAAAAUAAAUUAAAAAUAAAAUUAAAAAACAGAAAUUGGUAUAUUCCUAAAUUACCCUUAGGCUCUUGGACCCGUAUCUCGUUUGCCCAUUCUUUCGGUUUCUCUCUCAGGCCAAUGUUUUCUCCGUUUAUACUCUUUGGUUUUGAAAGCAUAUUCUGAUUCUCUAUUUCUCUUCUUGUUUGUGAACACAAAUUUUGGGAUUUAUAAACACCAUUAUUAUUAUUAUUAUAGAAGCUCGUGAUAUUCAAAGAAGAAAAAAGGAAGUUAAAAUAAUGAGGGAUUAGAUAAUUACUCCUUUGCUGAUUUGCUCAUUUUUAUCCUUCUUGCCGUUCUCAAAUCACCAAAUUAUCUCAGCACAUUUUAACCCUUGUAAAUAUUGGUGCCUCAAAAAGUCAAAAAGUGUGAUGAGAAACUGAGAACCAGCAUCUGAAGCGUGAACAGAUUUUUCUAUAACUUUGCUGUAGAAUAUGAUAAGAAAACAGUUAGGUCAAGGGCUGCGUCGUUGACAAAUUAUAUAUUGUGAUAGUUCCUUUAAUCCAAAUUAUGGCUGAGAUUUUCUGAUUGUUCAACAAGCUAUUUUUUGAAAUAACUAUUGAGAUGGAGUGAUGGACUAGUUGCAUCAGUUUUCUUAGAGGGACACAGCCCUUGUGUUGUUUUCUCUUUUCCGACUUAUUUUUGGUUUUGAAGUACCAUUUUCUUUUCUCAAUUUCCUAAAGGCUAUUCCUGGUUAAAGUAUCUUGGAUUCAAAUUUCAUUAGUUUUAAAUAGAAGCUUUUUGACUCAAAACACUGUCGAUGGAAUGUUCUCUUUCACCCCGAGGGCAUAAGCAAAGUCCUCAAAGCCAUGGGCGCAAAUCUGUUUUAGGUGGGACUCAGAAAGAUAUAUGGCUUAUUGUGAAGGAGGGCUGCUUAGCUGAUGUUGAAUUAGCUUUAACUCAACUGAAAAAAAAUGGUGGUAAUAUCAACUUGAGGAAUGCAUUUGGCCUUACUCCUCUUCACAUUGCUACUUGGAGAAAUCACAUUCCUAUCGUGAGGAGGUUACUUGCAGCAGGUGCUGACCCUGAUGCUAGGGAUGGAGAAUCAGGAUGGAGUAGUCUCCAUAGAGCUCUUUAUUUUGGCCACUUUGCUGUGGCAGGUGUCCUUCUUCAGUCUGGUGCAUCAAUCUCUAUAGAGGACUUCAAAUUACGAACCCCUAUCGAUCUCCUUUCUGGACCUUUGUCGCAGAUUCUGGGUAAUCAACAUGCUUCAGGUUUGUGGCUUUGCCUCUUAGUGAUCGUUGUUAGGAAUUCAUGCAUUGAUAUGAUUGGAUGGCUAAAUUGUACUUUUCUUUCUUGCACAGUUACUACUGAAGUCUUAAGCUGGGGAAGUGGUACUAAUUACCAACUUGGAACUGGAAAUGCUCACAUACAAAAGUUACCUUGCAAAUUGGACGCACUUCAUGGUUCAUUUAUUAAGUUGAUUUCUGCCUCAAAGUUUCAUAGUGUAGCUGUCAGUGGCCGUGGGGAGCUUUAUACUUGGGGGUUUGGAAGGGGUGGCCGCCUUGGACAUCCUGAGUUUGACAUUCAUAGUGGACAAGCUGCUGUUAUAACACCAAGGCAAGUGGUUUCAGGCCUUGGUUCUCGACGUGUCAAGGCAGUUGCAGCUGCUAAACACCACACAGUAAUUGCUACUGAAAGUGGUGAAGUUUUUACUUGGGGAUCCAAUAGAGAGGGCCAACUUGGCUAUGCUUCUGUGGACACCCAACCAACUCCUCGGAGGGUUAGUUCUCUUAAGUCAAAAAUAGUGGCUGUUGCUGCGGCAAAUAAACACACUGCUGCUGUUUCUGAGAUUGGUGAAGUGUUCACAUGGGGCUGCAACAAGGAAGGGCAACUUGGUUAUGGUACAUCUAACUCAAGCUCCAAUAAUACUCCAAGGUUGGUUGAAUAUUUGAAAGGAAAGUUCUUUACGGCAGUAUCCGCUGCAAAAUAUCAUACAGUGGUCCUAGGAGCAGAUGGAGAGGUGUUCACUUGGGGUCAUCGACUAGUAACACCAAGACGCGUGAUUAUUGCUAGAAAUUUGAAGAAAAAUGGGAAUGCUUUAAUGAAGUUUCACAGAAUGGAGAGGCUUCAUGUGGUUUCUAUUGCCACAGGUAUGGUGCAUAGCAUGGCUUUAACUGAUGACGGGGCACUAUUUUACUGGAUUUCAUCUGAUCCUGACCUCAAAUGCCAGCAGUUAUGUUAUCUUAAUGGAAAAAAAAUUGUCAGUAUUUCUGCUGGUAAGUAUUGGCAUGGUGCAGUUACAUCGACUGGUGACAUUUAUAUGUGGGAUGGGAAGAAAGCUAAGGACAAGCCACCAGAAGUUACUAGGCUUCACGGUGUGAAAAGGGCAACUAAAGUUUCUGUGGGUGAAACACAUCUACUGAUUGUUGGCUCAACUUAUCAUCCUGCUUAUCCUGUGAAUGCAGUACAGGACUGUGAAAAUUUAAAACCUGCUGUCAGUGAUGUUUUGGGAGAGUUGGAUGAGGGAUUCAUGUACAAUGACAUGGAGUCUGACAAUGCUAAAUCUGGUGUGAAAAUGGAAAAUGUUGGUGACAAGGUUGUGCCUAGUUUAAAGGGCCUUUGUGAGAAAGUAGCUGCACAGUGUUUGGUGGAGCCACGAAAUGCUCUGCAAAUGUUGGAAAUUGCAGAUACGUUGGAUGCAGGUGAUCUUCGGAAGUACUGUGAGGAAAUUGUUAUUCGCAAUUUUGACUAUAUUUUUACGGCUUCAUUGAAUACUGUUGCUACUGCCUCACUGGAAAUUUUAGCUCACGUUGAGAAAGUGCUGGAUGUAAGAUCAUCUGAGUCAUGGAGUCAUCGUAGACUCCCUACUCCAACAGCUACAUUUCCUGCUGUUUUAAACAGUGAAGUGGAGAAUAGUGAUAGUGAGUCUCCAAGAACCAGGGAUAAUAACCUCACCGUGACUUAUAGUGCAAAGAAAGCUGGUUGUUUCAGAUUAGAUAAUUUUUUGCAACCUAUGAAUGUUACAAAUCAGGAAGUAAGCAAGCAAAUAAGAGUACUGCGGAAAAAGUUGCAACAGAUUGAGGUUCUUGAGGCGAAGCAGUCUAAGGGACACAUUCUUGAUGAUCAGCAGAUUGCAAAGCUGGAAACACGGCCUGCUCUAGAGAGCUCACUUGCAGAGCUGGGUGUUCCUAUUGAGACAACAAUUGCAAAGUCAUCAGUUUCAGUGGUAUCAGAUGGCAAGGUCUCUAAGGCAGGGAAGCCAAAGAAACAGAGGAGAAAGAGUAGACACGAGGAAUCUCAGACAGAAGCUUAUUCUGGUACAGAAUUGGAGUCUAACCAUGUGAAGGUUGUCGCGGACCUCAAUUUGUCAAAGUUGACUGAGGGGAAGGUUCCUGCUGAACCUGAAGAUUCAUUUACUAAAGGCUCCCAGAAUCUCUCUCUGGAGAAAGACUCUCCUGGUGUGGGUAUGAGUAAAGGUUCAUUGGUGGUGGGAACGAAGAAGAAGAACAAGAAGGGACUCAAGGGAGGGCUCUCCAUGUUCCUGAGUGGUGCUCUUGAUGAGCCUAACAAAGUUGUCAGUCCACCACCACCACCAUCACCCAAAUGUGAAGGGCCAGCAUGGGGUGGAUCUAAGGUUUCAAAGAUGUCUUCCUCUCUCCGUGAGAUCCAAAAUGAGCAAAGCAAAUUGUUCAAUAAUCGGCCUUUAAAAAAUAAAGAAAAACCAGAAGAGCUACCUGAUAGGAGUAGUGGAAAAUUUUUGUUGAGCUCUUUGCUGGCCUCUAACCCGAUUCCUGUGGCGCCUGCUCGCACAACACAGUUACCUGAUGGAGAUAAAAGCACUCCUCCUUGGGCUGCUUCUGGGACCCCACCUCAUCUUUCACGACCUUCUCUCAGGGACAUACAAAUGCAGCAGGGUAAAAAUCAAUCCGUUGCGCAUAGCCCAAAAACAAAGACAACUGGAUUUGCAGUUACUACUGGUCAGGGGUCACCUUCUGAGUCUGGCUCACAAAGCCGUUGGUUCAAACCCGAGGUGGAAUCAACAUCUUCAAUCCGUUCCAUCCAGAUAGAAGAGAAGGCAAUAAAGGAUUUCAGGCGCUUCUACAGCAGUGUUAGGAUAGUAAAAAACCAAAGUUAGUGCUUUCUCUAUUUGCUGUAGCAGGUUAGACUUCUUAAUUCCACUUUUUCUGUUCUUUCUCAGACUGUACAGAUCCUUUGUAUAUUCACUUAGCUAGGUUUAUUAUCUUGGCGGGAAAAAAAAAUUGUGGUUGACUUAAAGUUCAUAGGGUAAGCUUGUAUAAUCAUUCUCUUUUUAGAGGGAUUUUUUUUUUCUUUUUCAAAUUCUCUCAAACAUUUUAUUUGAGGGGAAAAAAAAUUAGAUUAGGAUCAAAUAAAGCGGCAGCCACUUGACCAAGACUGUUAUCUAAGUUGCUGCCAUUGCUGGUGGAGCAGACGCUUAGGGUAGGCUAUGAUAUUAAUAUGUAUGCAUAUCGAUGCUUUUAUGUUACAAUUGUGAACCUAAAUUUACAUUUAGUGAAAUAAUAAAUAAUAACGGUGUGAAUUUUCACCCGAAGUGCC